UGUACAGCCAUUAUUUCUCGGCGGCGUGCUCGGCAACUCGUCUCUCGCCUCUCGCCUCGUGUUCUCGUGCCUACCCAUUCCUUUUUACACGCGUGUUGUAGUAGUGCGGUAGUCCACGGCGUGCGGCUCCGAAUUUUCUCCCGAGAGCUCGACAAACGCACGCGUCCUCGACAUGGCGAACAACAUCGAGGAACAGGGUAUCUCCGCCCUCGUCUACGAUUAUCUUCUCAAGAAGGACUCGGCUCUGGCCAAGGUUUUCCAGAAAAAGACUAACGCGCCUGCCCUGGCCAAAGGUUGCCCGUCAAUGUCUGAGGUUUUCCAAUUUUACCAGAAGAGCUCCAGCAAAAAGGUCGCAGUUAAGAAUGUUAAGCAGAGCAACAGCUCGGAUUCCAGCUCUGAGAGUGAGGAGGAAGCUCCUAAGAAAGCUCCUUUGGUCAAUGGCAAAGGACCCGUAGUCAAGGCAGCUGCUGCCAAGCCUGUAGCCAAGAAGGCAGAAUCAUCCUCCGACGACACAUCUAGUGAGGAUGAAAAGCCAGCACCUAAGGCAGCUGCUAAGGCACCGGCGAAAGCCCCAGUAAAGGCCCCAGUAAAAAAAGAAGAGUCUUCGUCAGAUGAUGACUCCAGCGAGGAAGACAAACCAGCUGCAAAAGCACCGGUGAAAACACCAGCUAAACCUGUUGCUAAGCCUGCUGCAAAGAAGGAAGAGUCCUCUUCUGAUGAUUCUUCCAGUGAAGAAGAGAAGCCAGCAGCUAAAGUAGCUCCAGCUAAAGCACCUCUAAAAACCCCAGUUAAGGCGCCAGUAAAGAAAGCCCAGUCUUCAUCUGAUGAUGAUUCUUCAGAAGAGGAAACAGCCAAGCCAGCACAGAAGGCUGCUGUGAAACCAGUUCCAGUAGCAGCCAAAAAAGAAUCAUCUAGUGAUGAUGAUAGCAGUGAGGAAGAGGCUCCGAAAACCAAAGCCACCCCAGCCAAACCUGUACCAGCUAAACCAGCAGCCAAGCCUGUUGCUAAGAAACAGGAAUCUUCAAGCGAAGAAGAUAGCAGCGACGAGGAACCACCUGCAAAGAAGGCAGCCACCCCAGCUAAACCAGCAGCCAAGCCUGUUGCCAAGAAACAGGAAUCUUCAAGCGAAGAAGAUAGCAGCGACGAGGAAACACCUGCAAAGAAGGCAGCCACUCCAGCAAAACCAGCAGCCAAGCCUGUUGCUAAGAAACAGGAAUCUUCAAGUGAAGAAGAUAGCAGCGACGAGGAACCACCUGCAAAGAAGGCAGCCACCCCAGCUAAACCAGCAGCCAAGCCUGUUGCCAAGAAACAGAAAUCUUCAAGCGAAGAAGAUAGCAGUGAUGAGGAACCACCUGCAAAGAAGGUAGCCACCCCAGCUAAAUCAGUUGUAAAACCAGCAGCUAAGAAAGAAGAGUCGUCUAGUGAUGACGAUAGUGAUGAAUCUGCAGAGACUCCCAAGGUUGUGACCAAGGCUGCCCCUGCUAAGGCUACAAGCACGCCAAAGGCAGUGAAAAAGGAAUCAUCGUCGGACGACUCUGACGACUCAGAUGAAGACGAGGCUCCCGCGAAGACUCCUGCCAAAGUCAAUGUCAAAGCCGCGAAAAAGAAGGAAUCUAGCUCCGAAGAGGAGUCGAGUGACGAACAAGAGGCAAAACCAGCUGCACCAGUUAAGCCCGGAAAAAGGAAACAUGAAGAUGGCGAGGAAGAGGCUGAAGAAACGCCAGCCAAAAAACACGCUAAAAAUAAUUACAGUAAUUUCGUGAAGGGCGGUGUACAGAACGGGGAUAAGGACGGCGAGGAGAACGGCGAGGAAAAUGGAGAGGAGAACGGAGGCUUUAAGAAGCACGAUAACUUCCGCGGUGGGCGCGGUGGUCGUGGUGGUGGUUUCCGCGGAGGUCGAGGAGGUGGUGGCUUCAGAGGCGGUCGUGACGGUGACAGAGGUGGCUUCCGAGGUGGCUUUAGAGGAGGUCGUGGUGGUGAUCGCGGUGGCCGUGGUGGCGGCGGAUUCCGAGGCGGUCGUGGUGGCGGCGGUGACAGGGGAGGCCGAGGCGGUUUUGACAACAGAAGAUCGUGGGGCGGAAAUGACAGGGGAGGUGGUCGUGGUAGGGGCGAUGGGUUCAGAAAAUCAUUUGGCGAUGGCGAGGGUGGUCGUGGUGGCUUCAACAACAGGAAGAGCUUUGGAAACGAUGCACAACAGCAAAAUAAAAAGAUCACCUUUGACGAUUGAACUUAGAUAGACUUUCACAUUUAUUAUUAUUUUGAGAGGUGCAAGAGGAUCCUGGGGAGAAAAAGCAAAUUUGGACUUGAAACACACGCGAGGCAAAUCAUUCCGCCAUGAAAAGACGAAGAAGAAGCGUGGUAGUUACAGAGGUGGACAGAUAGACACGAGUAUAAACUCUAUUAAAUUUGACGAUUAUUAACAGAUUUAAAUUUUGAUGGGAUUCGACAAGAGUUUCAGCAAAUAGACUUUUAUUCAAACGUCAUUUAAUACAUAGACGUAUUAAAUUAUUAUGUAUUGUACAGAAAGAACGGAAGUUUGAAUAUUUUUGUUACUAUAAAGUUAGCUUACGACUAUUGUUAGUGUGCAUGGAACACAGGACAUUUCCUAUUUGAAUAGGAAAAGAUUUCAGUAAUUAAAGAAGCAUUGACUUGUCAAUUUAAUAGGUGCACUUGUUUUCACGUUCCAUUUGUUUAAAAGUGUUUAUUUAAGUUUAAUAGAUGAGCUCAUUUUGUAUAAGUAGGAAGCAUAAAUACUCUGUUUUUGCUGCACCGUCAUUUACACUUUCAUACAAAUCAUUUCAAGAUUUUAUUAUAAAAAAGAGAGUAUUUAUAUGUAAACGCUUUGCUUAGCUUUUAAGUUUUUUUUUAUAAUAGAAGAUUUAAAAGCUGUCAACCAUUUCAAUUAUUCAUGAAUUUAUUGAAAGUUUAUGUGAUUUACAGAAUGAUUAAUUUCACCACUAUUUUUCUUUUUUUUUCUAUAUAUUUGUGAGUUUGCCAAAUUUAUAAAUCCUCAUAUUUGAAAUAGGUUGAUCGUAAUUUUUUUUUUCAUUUUGUAUGUUACAAAUUGGGAAGUAUAAAUUUGAUAAAUUAUUUUCCUAUCAAAUGUAAAGAAAAUUUUAAUAAUUGUAUGUAUAGAUAAGUGCGUAAAUAAACUUUAAUAAUGUCGCAUGACAUUAUAACACAAUAAA